AAUUUCAGCAAUUGCCUCUAGAUAUAAAAACAAAUGUAAUUUUUACGCGGGAGGUCAAAGGUUACUAACAAAAUGGCUGAACACUCUACAACCGCGGUCACAAUGUCUGGCAAAUGCACGAGCUUGCGGCAUCUUGAGCUAGCAAAGUAACGUUAGCCCAACGCGGCUGUUGAGAAGGAAACAUCACGGAGCAGUGCUGCUAUGGCUUGUUGAAACUUCAGCCAAGACACAACAGCAAGAAGCGAGGAUGAACAGGAAGAAGGAUAAAGGAUUCGAGAGUCCGCGCCCCUUUAAAUUGACCCACCAGGUGGUGUGCAUCAACAACAUCAACUUCCAGAGGAAGUCUGUCAUUGGCUAUGUUGAGCUGACCAUUUUCCCGACAGUGGUCAACCUGAACAGGAUCAAGCUUAACAGUAAACAGUGCCGCAUCUACAGGGUCCGAGUCAAUGAACUCGAAGCCCCAUUCAUUUACAAUGACCCCACACUGGAGGUGUGCCACCAUGAGUCGAAGCAGAGGAACCUCAACUAUUUCUCCAGUGCCUACACAGCAGCAGUGAGUGCUGUGGACCCUGAUGCAGGACAUGGGGAACUGGUCAUCAAAGUUCCCUCUGAACUCUGGAAACAAGGAGAUGAUUUGAAAGUUUUAAAGGUGUACAUUGAAUUUUCCCUGGACCAGCCAAAAGGAGGUCUCCACUUUGUUGUUCCUGAUGUGGAAGGCAGCAUGGCAGAGAGAGGAGCUCAUGUGUUCUCCUUUGGAUACCAGAACUCCACCAGAUUCUGGUUCCCCUGUGUGGACUCCUACUCAGAGCUCUGUACGUGGAAGCUGGAGUUCACCGUGGAUGCUUCCAUGGUGGCGGUGUCCUGUGGCGAUCUGGUGGAGACCAUCUACACCCAUGAUAUGAGGAAGAAGACUUUUCACUAUGUCCUCCCCAUCCCCACUGCUGCCCCCAACAUCUCCUUGGCUGUGGGGCCCUUUGAAAUCCUCGUAGAUCCCUACAUGCAUGAGGUGACCCAUUUCUGCCUGCCACAGCUACUGCCGCUGCUUAAACACUCCAUGUCUUACCUACAUGAGAUUUUUGAGUUCUACGAGGAGAUCCUGACAUGCCGCUACCCUUAUUCCUGUUUCAAGACUGUGUUUGUGGACGAGGCCUAUGUACAAGUGUCCACCUUUGCUUCCAUGAGCAUCUUCAGUACCAACCUGCUCCACAGCGCCAUGAUCAUAGACCAGACCCCGCUGACACGCCGCUGUCUGGCCCAGGCCUUGGCUCAGCAGUUCUUUGGCUGUUUCAUCUCCAGGAUGUCAUGGGCUGAUGAGUGGGUGUUGAAGGGAAUCUCAGGCUACAUCUACGGCCUCUACCUAAAGAAGACCUUUGGAGUCAAUGAGUACCGGCACUGGAUCAAAGAGGAGUUGGACAAGAUUGUGGAAUAUGAACUAAAGAUGGGAGGGGUUCUGUUGCACCCUACCUUCAUUGGAGGCAAAGAGAAGGACAAUCCAACGCCCCACCUUCACUUCUCCAUCAAGCACCCACACACAUUGUCCUGGGAGUACUACAAGAUGUUCCAGUGUAAGGCCCACCUGGUGAUGAGGCUGAUAGAAAACAGGAUCAGCAUGGAGUUCAUGCUGCAGGUUUUCAACAAGCUUCUGAGCCUGGCCAGUACUGCCUCAUCCCAGAAGUACCAGAGUCAGAUGUGGAGUCAGAUGCUUCUGUCUACUCACGCCUUCCUCAAAUCCAUCUCCAAUGUCUCUGGCAAAGACAUAGGCCCCCUCAUCAAACAAUGGGUAGACCAGAGUGGUGUGGUGAAAUUCUUUGGCAGUUUUGCCUUCAACAGGAAGAGGAACGUGCUAGAGCUGGAGAUCCGUCAGGACUACACAUCAUCUGGAACUCAAAAAUAUGUGGGUCCCAUCAAGGUGACAGUGCAGGAGCUGGAUGGAUCCUUCAACCAUACGCUGCAGAUCGAGGAGAACAGCCUCAAACAUGACAUCCCCUGUCAUUCCAAGAGCAGACGAAACAAGAAGAAGAAGAUCCCUCUGAUGAAUGGAGAGGAAGUUGACAUGGAUUUAUCGGCCAUGGAUGCUGACUCUCCUCUCCUCUGGAUCCGGAUUGACCCAGACAUGUCCAUUCUGAGGAAGGUGGAGUUUGAGCAGGCUGACUUCAUGUGGCAGUAUCAGCUGCGCUAUGAGAGGGACGUAGUUGCACAGGAGGAGGCCAUCUCAGCACUGGAAAAGUUCCCAACUCCUGCCUCCAGACUGGCUCUGACAGACAUCCUAGAGCAAGAACAGUGUUUCUACAAAGUCCGCAUGCAGGCCUGCUUCUGUUUGGCCAAGAUAGCCAAUGCCAUGGUGAGCACGUGGCAGGGCCCGCCAGCUAUGAAGUCCCUGUUUACCCGAAUGUUCUGCUGUAAGAGUUGCCCCAACAUCGUCAAGACCAACAACUUCAUCAACUUCCAGAGCUACUUUCUACAAAAGACGAUGCCUGUUGCCAUGGCGUUACUCAGAGAUGUCCAGAACCUCUGUCCCAAAGAUGUCCUAAACUUCAUCCUUGACCUCAUCAAGUAUAACGACAACAGAAAAAACAAAUUUUCAGAUAACUACUACCGCGCAGAUCUGAUUGAAGCGCUGACCAACUCUCUGACCCCAGCCAUCAGCAUCAACAAUGAGGUGCGGACAGUGGACAAUUUAAAUGCUGACGUCCGUCUCAUCUUGGAGGAGAUCACACGAUUCCUAAACAUGGAGAAACUGCUGCCGAGCUUCAGAAACACCAUCACUGUCAGUUGUCUGAGAGCGAUUCGUCAGCUUCAGAAGAACGGCCAUAUUCCCAGUGACGCGUCACUCUUCAAGUCCUACGCUGAGUAUGGACACUUUGUAGACAUUCGCAUCGCUGCACUGGAGGCUCUAGUGGACUAUACUAGAGUUGAAAGGUGUUCGGCAGAGCUACAGUGGCUGCUCAACAUGGUUCAGAAUGACCCAGCUCAUUAUGUCAGACAUAAGAUCCUGGGUAUGCUCUGUAAGAAUCCACCUUUCACCAAGACAACAGACUCAGCUCUGUGUAACGAAGCUCUGGUCGACCAGCUUUGGAAGCUUAUGAACUCAGGUACCUCCCAUGACUGGCGGCUGCGCUGCGAUGCUGUGAACCUCUACUACACGUUGUUUGGUUUGACUCGGCCCUCCUGCCUCCCCCUGCCAGAACUGGGCCUUGUGCUCAACUUGAAGGAGAAGAAAGCUGUCCUAAACCCCACCAUCAAGCCUGAGCUGGGGGUCGGCACUGUUAUGGACACGCCUGCCAGUAUAGGCAUCCAUGGUGUCGGCAUGAGCUACACUGCUGUGGAUGAAGAGCCAGAUCCUAUUUCACUAGGGGUGUGUGGGGUGGGCCAGCCCCCUCAGGGCCUGAAGAGGAAGGCAGAGACCCCGCUGGGCUCCCCUCCAGAGCCAGGACAGGUACUGCAGCAACAGGAUGAUGAUGGAAGAGGAGGCCGCUACAAGAUCAGGUUCAACACAAUGGAAGAUGAAGAUAUCGAUAUGGAGACUGUUCAUGACAGUCAGGCCUUCAUUCACCAUCAUCUCAAUCUCUUAGAGAGACCCUCUACACCAGGUAAAGAACCACCGUCAGUCGAACAGUCCAUGCUCUCCAUGCCCGCCACACCGGUGCCGUCCUUUUCCAAAGAGACCACGUCUCUGUCCUCUAAACACGCCGGCGAACAUGGCCACCACCAUCACCACCACCACCACGAGCACAAGAAGAAGAAGAAGAAGCACAAGCACAAACACAAGCAUAAGCACAAACACGAAAGCAAGGACAAGGACAGAGAGAGGGACAACUCCCACGCCUACAGCAACAGCCCGGCCAGCGGCAGGUCCCUGCGCUCGCCGUCUCUGUCUGACUAAAACAUCUGGAGGGAAGUUCGGUUUCCAACUGCUGUUGUUUCAGUCAGGGUUAACUGGAUACAUCCAUCUGGCAUCCCUGUGAGUAUGAAGACACAAAAUGGAAGGCAAAACAUGUUUAGUUGAUCUAAAUAUUAAUUACUCAGUAGUAUUGUAAUACAGGAAGACACAUUUGGACAAAGUGUGAAAGAAAAAGAUGUUCAGGUGUUGUAAUCGUCAGAUAAAUGGCAGCACUGAAUUCUUCAGCGGAAACAGCAGUGCACGUUGGCUUGAGAAAAGGAAACAUGGAAUUCUGAACUGUGGUUGCAGUGUCAUUAAGGUAAACCCUCCAGAGGUGUCCAUGUGUCCUCACCCCACACCACACACACUCAGCCUGCAGGAGUUUGUGGACUUUUAACACUGCUUCCAAGCUGUCUGAGGCAUGCAACCACAUACAGCUCUCUCCACAAACAGGCAAAUACAGUCUCAGCCAGCCUCACACCCUACAUAGACUCCACUCUGGUGUGCCUCAUCCCCACAGCUCAAUCCCAACAUUCAGUGAGCGGCUUUCGAGGGGAAACAUCAUUGAUCAUGGUGUGGAUUUACCAUUCUGUCUGGACUGAGCCUCCGGUGUCUUUAACAUCCUGCAAAUGACAUUUCCCUCAAAGAUGAAAAUUAAACAGGAAUUUCACUGUGCUGUACAAUCGAAACUCGAGUAAUACUAGUCUGUUUUUUAAUACCUUUUGUUUCCUAACUGUCAUCAUUGAUUAAAGAUGCUUUUGUAUUCAUGAAUGUUUUAACUAGAUUAAAUCCAACUCCACAAAGGCA